UCGAACAUUUUCUUGCGGUGUAAAAAAGUAAAUAACCCAAAUGGUGAUAAAUGAUGAUAAUAACUUUUCAUGAUGUCAAGUUACCUAAUUCUCCUAGAUGCCGAUUUUUGCAUUCCACAAAUUAGGUUCUCCAUACCAAUUUUUGGUCCCUAGCAUACUGAAGAGUUAUGACCUUGACACAACCUGGUCCCUCUUAUGUAUAGAUCCCCUCUACGAUAGCCCUAAACAUAAUAGAUUGAAACAAGAAAGGAAGAAAUUCACUUCGUAUAGAUGCUUCUUUUUCAGAAGAUAUGUGCAUAAAGAUCGACAGUUUUCGGUAAGUUAGGGCUUUUUGGCAUUUGAAGCAUCAAUGAAUAAGAGGAAAGGAAAAAAGGCUGAUAGGUUUUGUUCAAGCUGUUCAAUGAUAGAUACCGAUCUCCAGGUCGAUAACAUUGCAUCUGAUGAAGAUAUUGAAGAAGACUUGUCUUCUUCUGCUUCUAAUUACUCUAGUCCAAUAGUUCAUCUCCAUCCUGACAUUCUUGAGGCAGAGUCUUUGAAUAUUUUGAAUGAAAGAAGUUACGUAGAUACUGUUUUGACUGGCUUGCCAGUUUUGUCCGAGGAGGAACAGAAUGCGCUUGCUGCUACUCCUGCUCAUCCUGCUGGCUUGUAUGCUUUAUAUGCUAAUUGCUUGGUGGGGAACUUUGUGGAACAACUGUGGAAUUUUGCUUGGCCUGCUGCUAUAGCGCUGAUCUAUCCAAGUCUUCUUCCUGUCGCAGUCAUGGGAUUUUUCACUAAGCUUGCCGUUAUUCUUGGAGGGCCAUUGGUUGGGAAACUUAUGGACCAUUUCCCCAGAGUACAUGCAUACAAUUCUCUGAGUUUCGUUCAGGUUACAGCUCAACUGAUGUCAGUGGCAAUGAUAAUUCAUGCUCAUAAUUUUAGGGUUGCUUCCGUGUCAUCUGUUCUACUUCGUCCUUGGUUUAUUACUCUUGUAUUUGCGGGUGCAAUUGAGCGGCUAUGUGGGUUAGCUUUGGGUGUUGCCAUGGAGCGGGACUGGCUUGUAUUGCUAGCUGGGACCAAUCGACCUAUUGCACUUGCUCAGGCUAAUGCUGUUAUAAAUCGAAUUGAUCUUCUAUGUGAGAUUGCGGGAGCAUCAUUAUUCGGUAUUCUUCUGUCUAAAUAUGACCCUGUGACCUGUUUGAAACUCGCUGCUGGAUUUAUGAUAUGGGGCUUGCCAGUUGCAGUUGCUCUUACUUGGUUGACCAACAAGGUCUCCACUGGUGUUCUUGACCGCGCUAAGUGUCUGCAUACCUGUUCUGAAGACUCUACUCGGUUUACCCACAUGGAUAAUGAAAAUAUAGUGAAUCUAGGUAUUGAUGCCAUUAAACAUGGGUGGGUCGAGUAUAUAAAGCAACCUGCUCUUCCUGCAAGCAUAGCUUACGUGCUUCUGUAUUUCAACAUUGUUCUCACCCCUGGUGGCUUGAUGACUGCAUUUUUGACACAACGUGGUCUUAAUUCCUCCCUCAUCGGUGCAUUUAGUGGAGUAUGUGCUUUUAUGGGCGUUGCAGCAACAUUUGUAUCUGCUGGACUCAUCAGACAGCUUGGUAUCUUAAAGGCUGGGGCAGCUGGCUUGAUUUUCCAGGCAUCACUUCUUGCACUUGCAGUUGCUGUUUACUGGAGUGCCUCUCUGUCUCAGCAGACACCCAUCCUAUUCUUCCUGUGCCUAAUUGUAUUGUCAAGGUUAGGACAUAUGUCAUAUGAUGUAAUUGGCCAGCAAAUACUUCAAACGGGAAUUCCAUCAUCCAAAGCUAAUCUUAUUGGGACGACAGAAGUCUCUGUUGCUAGUUUGGCAGAAUUUGUGAUGCUGGGCAUAGCAAUAAUUGCGAAUGAUGUCUCUCAUUUUGGAUACUUAGCUAUGCUUUCCCUCCUUUCCGUUAUUGCGGCAGCAUAUAUCUUCUGUCUGUGGUUGAUGAAUCCAACAGAAGAACAAAGGAAGCUUUUUUCUUUUCAACGCCAGUUUUGAUUUCACAGUAUCGCUGGUUGUCGAGGAGCCUUUUCUACGAGGCUUACAUUAUUUGAAUAGAAAAGAAUCACAUGUUUGAUACUUUGGGGAUAAUUGGCGAUCUUACACGGGGUAUAUACUCCCAUCCCAAGCAUUCCUCUUGUACAUCAAUGAAAAGGUGACGAGCUUGACCCCUUCUAUUCCUUUUCUCAUCUUAGUGGAAGGUUAUGAUUCUGUUCACUAAUGAUGAGCCUAACACUUUACACAGUACAAAAUUGUCAUGAGGUAUAAGAUCUAUGUAAUUACUAUCUAUGAAUUCAACUUGCUUAUGAAUUUUUUUUACCACAGGUUAGUUCAGACCUUCUGUAAAUGCUUAAUACGAUUUUUAUUUUUUUAAAGGGUAGUUUGGGACCUUCGAUUUUUUUUUUGUGAAUAAAUUCAUUUCAGUUAGCUGGUAGAAUUCUCUGUUAGACUGUUACUGGUUGUAUAUCUCUCUAAAACUGUAAGCUUAAGCAGAAUAUUCAGAUUACAAUAAUCGAUUAUAAAAAAAAUAAAAAAAUCAAAGCGCGAUUUAUACA